AUGCUGCGUUACAGUUGUACUCAGGAGUCAGAAUUUCCAAGCUGGAACGCCCUCCUGAAGUCAGAUUUCCAACUCGGAAAGCCAGAAGAUCCUCGCCAACCCCAACUUGACGACAAUAUCAUCAUCAAAGAUGGCAGCGCAAUGCAUCAACAGUAG